AUGCUAUCUAUUGAUUUCACUAAUCUUGAACAUAAAAAUUAUCACCUGGUCACAAACUCAUCUCCUUUUACAACUGUUGCUGGUGGAUCCAACACAAAACCAUUUUUACAAGCAGUGUUGUUUGAUACAAAUAUUAUUGAACCAUCUUCUUUGUCAUCAUUAUCAUCAAGUGUAACUAAAUCUACUGCUACCAAAUUGGCUACUGCUAUUACUAGUACUAGUACUACCGCAACAACAACUGCAUACAUUCGGGAUUCAUCGACUCAUGAAAUGGAUAAUUCAAGUUGUAUAACACAAUUGAUUAAUAAUAAUAAUAAUAAUAAUGGUAAUAGUGCUAAUAACUUUAUCAAUGAUGACCAUUAUGCAUCCAUAUAUAACAAUAAUAUAGGCUCAGCGGUCUCUAAUAAGAAUACUAAUGAUGAUUCAAUAGAAUAUGCACUAAAGAUAAAAGAAAUUGAAGAUUAUUAUUUAAAAUCAUUGUUGAAUGAAGACACAAAUGAUAACGAUACCAAUGAUAAUGAUAAUAACAAUAGUAAUAGUAAUAGUAAUAAUAAUAAUUUAUUAUAUUCCAAUUAUUAUCAUUCUUCCCCAAUAAUAAACAAUCAAAAUCAGAUAAAUUUAAGACCAAAUGAUUAUCAGCUAUCAUAUUAUGGUAUACAGAAUCAUUUAAAUGGUAAUAAUAAUGAUAAUAGUCAUAAUAAUAAUAGCAUUGAUCGAAGAAAUUUAUUAGAAGUAGAUAUCAAUCAUAGUUUUAAUCAUAGUUUGCCAUUGACAACAGAAAAUUUACAAAAGCUAUCCUUAUCUAAUAAUCACAUUAACCAUAAUUACCUUAAUUAUAACCCAAAUACAUCUUCCUAUUAUAUAUUUUCAAACCAGAUUAAUAACAAUAAUAGUAAUCCUCAACAUCAUAAUCAUAAUAAUAAUAUUCUUUCAAACACAUUUUCUAACAAUGUUUCUUAUCCAUCACAAAUCCUGUCACAACAACUGCAAAAACAGCAACAAAAUAUUCCAUUAUAUAAUAUACCGGUGGUAAUGCCUCCACCUUUGAGGCAACAACAACAACAACAACAAGCAGAGAUCAAUAAACAGUUGUAUAAGACAGAAUUAUGUGAGUCUUUUACCACUAAAGGGUUUUGUAAAUAUGGCAAUAAAUGUCAAUUUGCACACGGUCUAAAUGAAUUGAAAUUUAAACAAAGAUCAAACAAUUUUAGGACAAAACCUUGCAUUAAUUGGGACAAAUUAGGUUAUUGUCCGUAUGGUAAGAGAUGUCUUUUUAAGCAUGGUGAUGAUAGAGAUAUUCAAAUAUAUGUCAAGGCAGGCACGAUAAUUGAGAAUUUAGAUAAUACCAAUGGUAAUAAUAGUGAUGCAACAUCUAAUUUAAACACUGCUAACUCUACUACUAGUGGAACACCUCAUGUCAGACCACGACACAAAAAUUUGCAUGCAAAUGUUAAAAGAUUACAAAAGAUUACAUGGUGA